GCGGGGAGCGCGGUUGCCGUGGAAACUGCAGCCAUGGCGGCUCCGGGACAGGUGAGCGGUGUCUCUCAGCGCUUGGAACGGGCGCUUUCAACUGAGUCGUGCAUCACCGCCAGGACGCCAGGGCCCGUCGUGUCUCCCGUGUCCCUGGAUCUGCGCGUCUCGCCGGGACAGGUUGCGGAGCUGCCCGGCAAGAACCUGUGGGAGCAGAUCUGCGAAGAGUAUGAAGCUGAGCUGCCUCCCUUUCCAGAAGGAUAUAAAGUCAAACAAGAAGCUGUGGUUACUGCGUCACCAUCAGAGGAAAGGGUUCUCUAUGGCUUCAACACGGAACACCUUUACCCAGCUGCUCCUUUAGCCGUGGUCCCACAAGUAUCCUGUCCUGAAGCUAAACGGGAAACAAUCGACCCAAAAACAUGUUCCCCUAAAGAAUAUUUGGAAACGUUCAUCUUUCCAGUUCUGCUUCCCGGAAUGGCUAGCCUGCUUCACCAAGCAAAGAAAGAAAAAUGUUUUGAGAGGAAAAGAACCAAAUUCAUUGCCUGUGAUUUUCUGACCGAAUGGUUAUACAAUCAAAAUCCAAAGAGGAUAGGGGAGACAUUCACAGAAUUCUUCUCCAUUCCAUUUGUGGAAGAGUGGCUGAAACUGCACCCACGGCCGGCGAUCCCACUCUCCCUCCUGCUGACAGAAUCGGCAGCAGCGCUCUGCAUUCAGUCCUUCUGGAGAGCCUAUCUGGUUCGCUGUGAUCCUGAGAUUCAAGAAUUGCGUCAGUGGCAGAAGAAACUGCGUGAGGACAAGCACAUCCGCCAGCGAGUCGAAAUUUUCUGGGCCAAGCAAGAGCAGAAAGGGCCCCCGACCUGCAAAGCAUACUUUUGACCUUCUUCUGAACUGAACUCAGAAUGGCCGUGAACGUUACAUGAAGUGGCUUUGAAACUUCAGGUGCUGCCGGUGGAGGACAAAGGCCCUGUGUUCUUCCCCAUAGAUCCACGGGACCAGAACCAUCGCAGUCGCUCAGUGGGUUUCGAAGCAACUGACUUCUGUGUAUCGAAGUCUGCAGUUUCCAGAAGCCAAGUCUGUCUAGGCUUGUAAAUGGACCCUGACUUUCUCUUUCAUUUCUUUGCAGUAAAAUGCAAAAUGGAGGAUGAAGAAGAGGCUACAGCUAAGACUCCGCAACCUUAACAGCUGUCGAUACCUUUCCCCUCUUUGCUCCAAUUACUCCACUUGAGGAAAAUGUUCAGGUUAUGCUUCCUCUAUUGUGCUUUCUUGAACAACUAGAUUUGGUGCAUUCGGAUAAGAAUCUUUCGUUGCAAACGUGUUUUAGUGCAAAUAGCUUAUCAUAAGAAAGUACUAGUUUUAACUUUCUGCAUUAUCCCCCAAUUUUAUUCUUUCAUCCAUAUAUUUCCUCAGUGCUUCAGGAGUAUUCUUCUAUACCAACCACUGCUAAAAUGUACAGUGAACUCUGAUUCCAAGAGAUGUUGAAGUUUUCUCUAGUUACCAGUUUCCCAGUUUUGGCCACCUUUGCAAAGAUCCAUAUUUAAAAUAAAGUCCCAAACCUCUGCAGUGGGUUUUAAGUUUAUCCGGUGAGUACUCUUUUCAUAAAAAAGUCAUUAUUGCCUGUGAUCAUUUCCCAAGGAGACUGACCCUUAACUUUGACUGCAUCAAGAUAAGACACUUAAACGCAGACAACAAUAAAGAUAAAGAAUUUUUGUUGUCUAGGCCCCAAAGCAUUAUAGAGAUUCCUCAUUUUAUGGGUAAACUGACUUAUUACCCUCAAUUGUUCUGCAGUUUGCUGCUAACCAGGAUUUUCCCAUUCAAAAUGCCAUGGACUUAGCCUCCAGGCAGAUCUGAAAGCCAAGUAGUUGUAUUGGGUUGUUUUGACAAGCUACCACACGUCUUAAGUAAAUAGUAAAGCCUUUAUUUUUUGUGUUAAGAACAGCAUUUUGAAAAUAAAACCUAUUUGCCCAUGCUUUACAAUCUUUUAAAUUUGUAAUAUUUAUAUACAGUCGUUUAUGGUACACAUUGAUUGUCCUGAAAUUUCUUUAACGAUUUUUUUAAAGUAUGCAACAGUCAGCCAGGGGAGGAUAAAGGUACAUUAUAAAACACACA